UUUCUUUUACAAUGGAUUGUAAUUUUCCCCCGAGAAAUUACAAGAGUUAAAUGGUUUAGAUUUGGGAAAUGCCCAAUAUUCCUUCGAAUAUAUUUAACCUUUGUUUUCUAAGGUGAUCAAUCCCCGGUUAUAUUUACGUUAAAAUCGCACCGAAAUGUACACGAGAUUAACGUAACUUUAAACAUCCGUGUUUAAGCACACAUGUACACGAAAUAUAAAAACUUGUCACAGGUAUGGGUUUAAAAAACGAAUGCAUAUGAAUCAGAGAUAAAAGAAUACGAGUUUAAUAAAAUAAAGUUCAGAACAAUUGAAAAGUUCUACGGUCAAAUCAGCGUUCGUUGGUGUAUUAAACACUUAUUCUUUAAGCAGCGGUCAUUAUGGUUUAAAGACCGAUUGAAAUGUUCACGGAUUGAUUUCAGUAAUCUUAUUGAAAGACUUCUAUACUUGACCCUGCAUCUUGUUCUAGAACUUCAACAUGCAACCAAAAGGAGAAAGAUGGAAAAUAUAACGAAUAUUUCCCAUGGAAAGAUGAAACCGUGUGAAUUGACUUUAAUUUAUAUCUGUGGAUUUGAUUUUUGAUGUGUAUUGAGUGUGAAACAAUAGACAAGGUCCUUCUGACAAAGCGGAAUUGUGUUUCUAUCACUUCGUAGUUAAAUUCCAUUGUUAGUCCCUAUAUGAGAGAAGAUUUUAUCUGCGAUAUGAACGAGAUGCUCUUUAAAUUAUGGCCCGACAGUCCUACGACAGACGAGUGUUAGGAAGGAGAGAGAGACCCCUCGCACUUGUUCGGAAAACUCCAAAGUUUCAGCGGCUGAAUGGAUGGGAUCUACCGUAUGGAAAUGAGUCUCUUGAUAUUGUGGCUUGGACAAGUUUACAAACUGCACUACACUCAAAGAAAGACCGAAAGAAAUCAAAAAUAUCAACAGAAGACCUAGCUUACAGACAUGUUCCAAACUACAGAUGUUCAGCUUUGGAAAACUCAACAGAGUUCGAAAGGCAUAGUCUUCAUGCCAGACUCUUCAUAAAAGAGAAGUCUGUGUCGGAGCAGACGACAGUUAAACCCAUUAAGCGGUCAAAGACCACACUUACACUUACCAAUGUACGCUCAACCCAACCUCUUCAACAGAAGAUUGGUGAAGUGCCAGAGGAAAGCUUUCAAGAAACAAAAGCAAAAGACGACAUUGAUGUUCUAACGCGAAUUGUUGAAAAGGAGGUGGGAAGAAAAGAUGAAAAUAUUCUGAAACGGAGCAAAAGUGUUCCUGUGCAUUACAUGCCAGAACGACCCGAAAAUGCACCAUCUUUUCGUCGUUUGUUGUAUUACGCGCGGAAGUAUGGGUCAAACGAUGACGGUGUCUUGGAUGAAGAGGACGAGGGUUAUGGAUCGAAAACUCCGAGUGCCGAGGACAAAGAUGUGACAAGCUUGUUUGAUGGUUUCUCAGGACGACGUUUCUUAGAAAAUUCACUGGACAGUAACGGAAAUGGAGAGAGAAAGUUUGCAAAAUUCUCAUAUACGCAUCAGAUACCAAAGGCAACAUCUCUGUUUGAAGAGUCAGAGGACGAGAAAACUCGAAAGAAUAGUGAACGGGAUAUUAGGUGUUAUAAAACUGGAUACAUAGAAGAAAGAGAUAAAUCAACUGUUAGAAAACUGUUAAAUAGGUCCCACACAAGUAUUGGUCAUUAUGAGAGUAGCACAUUUUGUGCAAUUGAGGACUUAAAACCAGCAAUUGUUCUCAGAAAAAUUACGAUCCAAAACGCACAGGAAGAUAACGCAUCCUCUUGUGAACAACCAAACGUUCAGACUGAAAAGAAAACGUUCUAUGAACCCCAUAAAACUAUAGUGAGACAAAAUUCCUUUGCUCAAAGUCAAAGUGAUAGAGCACAAUACCCGGUGUAUUGCACUAGCCCCGAGUUUAAAUUUUCACAUUUGCCACAGCAAAGACCGUCAUCGAAAAAACAGCCAAGAGAAAGGAAUCCAUCAGCCAAUGGCAAGAAAAGCAAGAUGGAGUCUGCAAGAAAACCGAGGACGCCUAAUUUGGACUUGUAUAGGGCUCACACCAGUGUGUGCAUGCCGAUAGGGGACCUGUUACCGGCUGUUGACAGGAGCCUUCGCAAAGGAAACGCUUCUAAAUCUAAACAAAAUGCUCAAAUUUCGCAAUCCAUGCCCGACUCACUAGACACAAUUUUAUCUGUACGCAAAUCGUAUGAUGAAGUACAGCAAGCGGGGCUAGAUUAUAUAAUGAACAGGCAAAGCAAGGGAAUGGUAACACCCACUUUCCGAAAUUCAAACUCAACGACAAGUUUAGAUUCAUCGACAACCAUCAAAUCAACAUCGGAUAGAAGUGGAAAGGUUCAGUACAACACACCAUCCAAAAUAAGCCUUGAUGACUUUGCGUCAGUUUCUUCACUUUCGACGUCCAGAGAGGAGACCAAGCCAAAACAAAACACGACAGGUGUUACCAACACCAAGACGAGAGAAGGGGUACCCUCUUUGGCACUUAGCAUGUCGGGUAUUGAUAUUGAAAUAAAACAUGGAAUCCUUGAUAAAAACGCCAAUGCCAUUGGGAAGGUUCGCUUUACCGCCCAUCCCGACAAAGACACAAAGAAGAAACUUCGUGACGCCUUCUCCCGAUUUUACAAUAAACAGCCCUACGGGGCCAGUCCUUCAAACAAAAACUGGACGGAGGAAUUGAAGUUCAUGUGGAAUAAAUAACUUCAUCAAUGUAAUACAUGUAAAUGUCUUUCAUUUUUGAAUCUCAUAUUUGUAUGUAUAUUUAUUAUUUAUUGUUAGCAUAUAUUGGUCAGAGGUUCAAAUUUGCUUUUUCUUUUUUCAAAAUUGGUUGUUGCUUCACAACUUAUUUACUUUAAAGAACCAACUAAUACCAGUUGCAAUCAACUUAAUUUUUACAAAGCACCCAAGGGUAAAACAAAAAUUUAAGGAAGAGUCACAUACUCUUUCAGAAAAGAUAAUUUAUGAGAAGGUUAAAAUUGAAUGAUAUUAUUAAACAAUCUUCUGGGAAUAUAGUUAAAAAUGACGAAACUUUUGUAUUCGAUGUUUUCCUUUUGACGAACAGAUUCGGUUUUCCUUUUCUGACUGGCGUCAGUGUUUUCAUUAAAACAAAGAAAUUAGCAAUCAUGGUCAUAUUGUGUUUGGUUGGUUUUUCUUUGCCCUCAAGAACCGGUGUUGAAAUGGAAAUGUUUAAGUUUUUUUUCUUGGGAUCCAUGGAAAUUCCCGCUUUAUUCAAAAAAUAGGUCAUUUUUAAUGCUAUGUUCCAUUUGCAACUUCCUAAGAAUUUUAAUUUGUUCAAACCAUGGUCCAUUUUUGUAUGAUGACAGUGGUGCUACUAUAAUGGAUCCACAUUUCAUGUACAUCAUCUUUUAGAGAUACAAUUUAGGUGAACACGUAGUACUCUGACCUCUUUUUAUUUAUUAUCAAUGUUCUUUAAAAUAAAUUAAUAAAUUAUUUAUUAUGAUUA